GCUCGCAGGGUUGGAGUUGUCAUCUCGCCAUCAGGCUGGCAGCAUGUUCUUGCCCUCAUGAGUGUCACAAGGUCCCGGAACGUGGCUUGAGCCCGAGAUACAUUCAGAAUGUUGUCAUCUGACCAGACUCUUGGUACCGCUCGGUUUAGCCGAUUCAGGGCACUUCCAGCCAAGCUACGGCUGCAGAUCUGGUGCCACAGCAACGACGCCGUUGGAUCUCGACUCAUCCCUCUACGCCACCGUCAAGCACAAGUCUCGUCGUUUGUCGGAAGCUCACGAGAAUCACGACGUGCCGAAAAUGCAGGGAACAUCACAACGGCAACGCCAUCUAUCCCAGCCAGUCUUCACGUUUGUCGGGAAUCUCGACACGAGGCUCUCAGCCUAUAUCAGAAGCUUUACGAACCUGGCGGCGGCAACAGCUACAGCUUCAUCGAUUGCAGCAGGGACAUUGUGUUGAUGCUCGAUCUUGUGGUCCUCAAUACUUCGGUCAAAAUAGUGAACACUCUAGUGACUCGUCACGUUCCUUUGCAUAUCGAGACACUGGGAGCAGCCUCAAUUCAAACGCUGGAUGUUCCCCAGUCCUUAUUCUCAGACCUCCAGGCACCGAUACCACCUUGCCCACAAAUAACCACGAGUCAAGGCCGUCUUCAAGCACAAGAUCUUUUCCGACAUGUACUCGGACUGUUUCCAGCUUUACAACACAUCAUCAUCGUCCUUGCCCCCAACAACACCGAGUUCCAUGGCUGCAACGAAGGACCAUGCCAUUCACUGCCCGCAAUUAACGACUCCGCAAAGAUACGCGAAAGAAUAUGUUGUCUCUCUGAACCGCCCGUGCGCAACAGAUAUGUCGAGAGGAAACUUCGAGACACCAUCAGUCUCUUGGACGUGGGGCUGGGCCAGGAUCCCAGAACUUCAGCACGACCGACCUGGAGCAUCAAGAGUUCCUCAUGCUCAGGAUCAUGCUCCAAGAAGUUAUCAUCAACAGCAUCACGAGAGGCCAGGCAGGUCUCCAGUCGCGCUUCAGGCUCUGGACUACCAGUACUGCCGUCCUGGGGCAUAGGCAGGCGAGACUCAUACACUCCAAGAGGUCCGCGUCGGUGCUGCUGGCCUUUUACUGAGGUUGCUGGUACAAAUGGGGCAUUGGACUUUACGGCAUCGAGACUUGCUUUCUACAGACGGUAUCGGUACUGGUCAUGAACGUCAUUUCUGGGUCCGUUGUGCCUGGUCGUACUGUGGUGGUUUGUCGUCGUAGGAAUCAAUUGUGCUCGUUCUCGAAUCUUGUGGGUAAACACGCAGACCUGAAUUGUACGCAUGCUCGAGGUAUACAUAUUCAAAUUGG